CGUUCCUAGUUCAAAUAAAAUACAAAUUAUGCCAUAUUUAAAUAUGACAUAACCAGUUUACCUUUGCAUGCAUUGCACCUAGAAAAACAAUAAUGAUUUUUAUCACAAAGCAAACCAAAGUGGGAACCUCCUUCCUGGCCUCACUGAUGGACUCUCAUUUAGAAUUCGUUAUGAAAUUUGGUGGUGGUCAGUGUGUUCAAAAGCAAAGACAAGGAAUAUUCUUAAUACUCUCCUCUUCCCACCACACCUGGUCUUAUUUCUGAGAGUAUAUUUCCCCAAUUUAAAAGAAUCAAUAAAGGGGGAAUAAUAAUAAUUUUCAUUUACUUUCCGUCACAUUACAUCAAUCAUAACUUUAGUCUAGUGUAGUGAGUAGUUUUAGAUUUUAACGUGGGUUGCUAUAAUCCAAACAAAGUGUUUUAAAUAAAAACUGCUGAAAGUGGACGGAUUGUUUUGAUCGGAAAUUGUAAGUAUGGUUAUGAUGCAACAGUUACAUAUUAUUAUUAUCGUUGUUUGUCAAGUCAUCACUAAUUUAAUGCUUAUGUAGAGAAAAAUGCCACCCAAAAGUAUGAAAGUGAAAGGGGACGACAGCGAUUCUUUUACGGAUUAUGACGAUGAAAUGAGUGGCAGUGAUGACACGACCCCUAAAAAAAGACCACGAUUGUCAAAAGAUAUGGAUACUUCCGGAUAUGAAUCAACACCACGUAGGGUGACUCGUUCUAAGAAAUCAGGGGGAGGAACAAGUUCAUCAGCAGCACGUUCAGAGUUGAGAGGAGUUUUUGGCAAUGAUGAUGACGUCACCGUUGGUGAAAGUACUGAUGAUGAUGAGGAUGGAUUAGAGGACCCUGAUGAAUUGAUAGAAGAAAAGGCGGAUCUAAAUGAGUGGAAACUGAGUCAGAUUGAUUCUGCUGUUGGAAAACUCAAAGUGGACAUGAAUAAUGUCAAAGGGGCUCACAGAAAAUUAGGAAUUGGACAUGCGCAAUCUUUUAUAGACCAGUACGAACAUGUCAAAAAUGCCACUGAAGUUCCUCCUGAGAUGACCAUCAAGGACUACUAUGUGAAACUACCUCCUCCCACUGACAAUCAAGAGUACAACAAUGCAGUUGUAAAUAUAGAGAAACAGAUUGCGGAUCGGAAAAAUUGCAAUAUCAAAAUUUCAUGUCCUAUCCCGAACUGCAAACAAAGUUUGGCAAGGAUGGAGAAUGCCAAAAAUCAUGUUAUGAGAAGUCAUUUGAACAUGCGUCUAUUUGGGUGCAAAAGAUGUCCUCUCAAAUCAUGGAAAGAUUAUUCAACAUUGAGAAGACAUGUCAUGAACAAACAUUUUGAUCUCAAAUAUACUUGUACGUAUUGUUUCAAGUUAUUGAAUUAUGACUAUAAUCUUCAGCGUCAUGUAAAACUCGGUCAUGUCACACCCACCGGCAAACCAGUAUUUUUCUCUCCAUCAAAGCGUAAGAUCGACAUGAAGUUAUUUAAGCCGGAAUAUUUAACAGUCAAGUACGGGUGCACAUUCCAACUCUAUGCUAUACCGUGGGUGGAUAAGAACGGGAAGCUGGUGGAUAUCAGUAUUUGCAUCACCAAAUUUGGCGAUAUCAAAGAUGUUGCUCGCAUUUUGUGGAAUACAAUCGUCAACGCCUGUGAUAAGAUUGUCAACCAAGACGAUAAUGAAGAUGAUGUGGAGAGUGAAAAUUGGGUUGAAAUGUGUGGAUCAGCCAGAACAGAACGAGCCAAGGGACAUGAGAUGCGACCCGACCUUGCUUUCCCUCUCGGUGUGUAUGGAAUUUCACUCAUCGUUGCCUCCCAGCUCAAAUGGUUUGCUCGACUGUACUUCGACUGCGUGAAAAUCAUGGCUACAGGGGAGUCAAAGUACUUUCUCCAAAAGUACAACCAGGAAUUGAAAGAUUUGCUCAAUGCUUCACUCACUCAUGAAAACAUGCCCCAAAAGAACAUUGACCAUGUUAACCUAACUGGAGCCCAAUUUAAUAUGCCUGUUGAUGAGUGAUAAUUUAAGUCUCAUAAUUAAAAGUCGUUACUCACCAUUAAAGCACAGAAACAGA